AUGUUUAAUUUAUCAUCCAAACAUUCUUCAUUUAUAUUUUCCGUUUUACAGUGGCGUACUUUAUGCGCUCGAUAUACAGUUGCACUAGCUUAUAUGAAAGACUCAAAUGCGCGCAUCACAGUUUUUGCCCCAAUUAAUGACGUCUUUAUCUACAAUCCAGAUAUCCGUGCUUUUAGUCAAAAAGAAGUCCUGAGUCAUAUAGUGGAUACACAAAUUUAUGAAUUUGGUGAAAAUCGAAAAUGGGAUAAACAAACACUUAUCCGAAGUACAGUCAGUAGCGGAUAUAUGUACAUAACACAGUUUGUAAAUAAUCCUGGAAAUUAUUCCUACUUUGCAAAUAAUGGAAUGCUUUGCAACCAUGCUACUAGCGAAUGGGCUAUUAUCAAUGGUCAGCAAUAUCUAUUCAAAAUCUGUACACCAAUCGGACAUCGACCAUAUCCGGGAACCGCACUUUCGUUUAUAAGAGAUAAAGACAAGAUGUCUUUCUUUGAUCGACCCUAUAAUAACCGUGACCUUACUGAGUUGAGGGAUGUGCUUGAUCGUGUACCGGAUAUUGCCUUGGCGAUCUUUGGCAGUUCGGCAUGGAAUGGCUUCCACACUUUUUUUUUACCUACAAAUGAAGCAUUUAUGAAGGUAAUAGACCGCAAUCGUGUAGACCGUGAAGUAUUACUGGCUCAUAUGACAGGUAUAAAUAGAGUAUUAUUUACCUAUCCAUGGCUAUACGAUCGGGGUAUACACUAUUAUCCAUCGAUACGUUUCUCCGCCAAUGUUAUUGAGGAUAAUUAUGAUCUAAGAUUAUGUAUGCGAAACAUUACCGACCAUCGAACUGGACGGUGGGAUCUUUACGCGGUCUCUGAAGUGCAUGAACGUUACGGGCAAUUUCGUCGUGGUGCAGUUUGGGCUAAAAUUGUGAUACCAAAUAUUCCAGUUCAAAAUGGCGUGGUCCAUAUUAUUGAUAAUGUUCUUGGCAUUGUUAGCAAUACUAUCGACCAGCUCAUUAUGGAUAAUAAUCGUUGUACAACUUUAAUUCGUUAUAUAAGUACUAUUGGACAAAUAGUCCGCAAUUAUUUCUCAGCAACUGGUGGUAUGGUAACAUUUUUUGCGCCCUACAAUGAGGCAUUCGAGCGAAUCCCAGAAUAUAUCGAAAGAAGACUUUUGAGGGAUAGAAUUUGGCUUGAAAAGAUCCUUAAACUUCAUAUAGUUCCCAAUAAGGAGUUGACCAGUAAUGAAAUCACUAAUGAGACAGUUGUGAACACAGUAGACAGCAUCCAUCAACUAUAUUUCAUUCGGGGUGAAUGGCCCAGGAAUAAUAUCACCUAUUAUAUUACUGGCGGCGGUGUACGAGCAGCAAUUGUGGUGGAUAAUGUCGCAGCUGUAAAUGGCAUCGUACAUUAUAUCGACCGUGUUCUUGGGGUACCAUAUCAGACGCUGUAUGAAGUAGUGCGAAAUGAUUCCAGCCUUCAGACAUCUUAUUCAAUGCUUCAAAACAUGCAACUACGGUAUUCCUUGGAUCCGUGGCAAGUUCUAACACCACAACAAAAUUUCACAUUUUUCGUACCAACUAACGAAGCUUGGGAUAAGAUAUCAACUUCGCAGAAGUACAAAAUGACAGAUGGUAAACAUUGGUUAGCACUUCAAUAUGUCUUUAAGCGACAUAUUAUUCAAGGCCUUGCACUUAUGGACACUGAUCUGCGAGAGAGAACUUACGUGAUGAUGAACGAUGAAAAAGUGGUGAUACGCCGAAGAGGACGUUUUUUCGAACUUUAUUGGCCUCGUGGUAACCGUGUUGCACGUAUAAUCCCGGGUGGUGAAAAAGCUGGUAUCAAUGGUUUUUUGCAUAUGAUCGAUAACGUACUGAUCUAUGAACGCGAUCUAGAAGCUCUGGCUUGCUCGACGCUAAACUUGACACAUUUUUUGCUAACCUCAUUUUUAAUGUUUAUCGUAUUCCUUUGAUGUUAAUUAUAUUAUGAGAUGAUGAACUAGAGUUACUUAAUUUCCCAACUACAUAAGCACAAUGAAAAUUCCAAUUUGCAUGCUGUGGAUAUGAUGAUGCCGACUAGACGUAUUUGAAGUUCUCCAACUAUUUCUAUAUUGUCACUUUCAUCGAAAUCAUAUAUUGUCAAGUUGAAUUUUUGGGAUUCCGCAAAUGAUAUCAUUCUCUAUUUGUUAUAAUGAUUUUGACUUCACGUUACCGUUUUUUGCAUUAUUAUCCUACUCACAACUGCGACGACGAUAACAUUGCCGAUCUAUUUCUGUUUAGUUAUAAUGAUAAAGUGAUCCGAGUAUUAAAUGUAUGAAAAAUCAGUUCAAAAAAUCAAUUUCGUGAUGAGUUGCGAACAUCUUUCAAAGAUCAUGAUUCGAAAC